GCAAAAUAUGGAAGACUUUCAGAAAAUAGAAAAAAUUGGCGAGGGUACAUAUGGCGUGGUGUACAAGGGUCGCAAUCGUGUCACAGGGCAAAUAGUAGCCAUGAAAAAGAUCCGCCUGGAGUCUGACGAUGAAGGUAUACCAUCCACGGCUAUAAGAGAAAUAUCGCUGUUAAAAGAGCUUAAACAUCCGAACAUUGUUUGCUUGGAGGACGUUCUAAUGGAAGAAAAUAGAUUGUACUUGAUCUUCGAGUUCCUGUCCAUGGAUUUGAAGAAAUAUAUGGAUUCGUUGCCACCAGAGAAGUCAAUGGAAACUGAAUUGGUGCGAAGUUAUUUAUACCAAAUAACAAAUGCAAUUCUAUUUUGCCACCGUCGCAGAGUCCUUCAUCGCGAUUUGAAACCCCAGAAUUUACUUAUAGAUAAAAAGGGCGUCAUAAAAGUGGCGGACUUUGGACUUGGUCGAUCUUUCGGCAUUCCAGUUCGCAUAUACACUCAUGAAAUUGUUACUCUUUGGUACAGGGCACCAGAAGUUUUGCUGGGUUCUCAGCGAUACUCUUGCCCAGUUGAUAUAUGGUCCAUUGGCUGCAUAUUUGCUGAAAUGGCUACAAGAAAACCGCUUUUCCAAGGUGAUUCGGAAAUUGACCAGCUUUUCCGAAUAUUCAGAAUUUUGAAAACUCCAACUGAAGAAACUUGGCCUGGGGUGACAUCUUUACCAGACUAUAAAAAUACUUUUCCUUGUUGGUCGACAAAUCAGCUAACGAACCAGUUGAAAAAUUUGAACGAUCGAGGUGUAGAUUUGAUUCAAAAAAUGCUUAUCUAUGAUCCGGUUCAUCGCAUUUCAGCUAAAGACAUUCUUGAGCAUCCGUAUUUCGACGGAUUUAAGAUGAAAUUUAUAAAAAAUGAGAAUGAAAAAUGAGGCACAUUUAUUUAAAAGCUAAUAUUAUUUUAACCUUACAUUAAAACUUUUAUUCCAAUAUUAAAUACAUUAAA